CAAUAAGUAAAAAGAUUUCAAUUCAAAGCAAGGAUGAUGUUCUUAUGAAGAAUAUAUCAGAUCUACAUUUUCAACUUUUUUCUUCCAUUCAAGAGAGAGCAAAAAUUAUAAAGACGGCUGUAUUCGAAACUCAGUGCUCGGAGUCAGGCUGUACGUUUGAUGCUUGUGACAAAAGAAAACCCUUAAAAUCAGUUUGCAAUCAGGGAUGGAAGCUUUACAACGGCCAUUGCUAUCAGCUGUUCAGUACAAAGAUGAAUUGGUUUGAGGCACAGCUCUUCUGCAGAAAACAAGGCACAACUCUUCUUCAAAUCAACGACGCAGUGGAAAGCAAGUGGCUUUUAAAGAAUUAUCCAAAAGUUAGGUACUGGAUUGAUCUGACUGACGCUGGAAAGGAAGGGAAAUGGAUGACGUUGUCUACAGGGAAAGGACCAACAUUUACUGCUUGGAUUAAAGGACAACCGGACAAUGCCGGGGGAAAUGAGGACUGUGCAAUUAAUAACUGGUCAAAGCCUGGUCACUGGAACGAUGAAAGAUGUAGUUCUACCUUUCAAGUUAUGUGUGAAUCAUCAGGUUCGAAUUCUUUUAUUGUAUUUUUACUUAUUUUUUCUUACAUGUCUCCUUUUUUUUAAUUACCGAUAUAAAUAAAAUAUACAUGUAGUUAUGAAACUAUUUUGGCUGCUAAUGGUUAUAUAUACGUAGGGGUGUCAAGU